CGCCCUCUCCUCGAUUCUAUGAGAGGACGUGAUACAAAAGGGCCUCUGUCUUCGUUACAGCCAGUAGGGAAAGGGAUCAGGGCGGUGGCCCUUCUACGCUCCCUAGUUUUGUCUGCAAGGGAAACAGACUGUGGCUUGGUGGCUGUCCUCUAUCUCCCAGUUUCGGCAAAGCCCAAGAAUCCAGCAAGAGGAACCCUGAGACUCUGCCCCCAGACCGCAGGCACUGGUGCAGCACCCCCUUGCUUCGCUUCAGGGGUGCAACUUGCGGGGAUUCCACUCUGAAGUCGAGCACGCGGAGGGCCAAGCGAGGGCCCUUUAAGGGGAGGUGCCAUUGCUUCCCGAGGACCGCCUCCUCUGAUUGACGGCGCUUGCUAGACCCGCUCGCGCCUCCAGCAACCGCUUUUUCUUUCCCUUCCUGUCUCUUGCGCGGUGACCCCGGAAGUGGAAAUAGGCGUAGAACGGCGCCUGUGUCUAAGACGGAAGGCGGAAGCAGAGCUUGAGCGGGAGGCGGAGCCGGGGGAGCUCCUCCCUUAGCUCCCCUAGCUCUGGGUCCUGCAGCUCGAGGGGGAGGAGUUACCGUCGCUCUUUGGCAUCAGAACUUACCAUGAUGGCUGUGACCUAAAAUCUUCAGGAAGCCCCGGGGUCAUGGCCCAGAAGCACCCCGGAGAAAGUGGGUUGUGUGGAGGCCACCACAGUGGUGGUGCCUCCCUCGGGACUUUAGGACGCUCUGUGGACCCUGAAAUACUUUCAUUCUCAGGACUCAGGGAUUCAGCGAGGCCUUCUCCUAAUGGUACCGGCUGCCUCACAAAGCACUCUAGUCCUAAGUACACACAGCCCCCAAACCCAGCCCACUGGUCGGAUCCAAGCCAUGGCCCCCCAAGGGGCCCAGGACCCCCUAGAGAUAGAGAGGACUCUGACCAGAGUGAGGCAGAAAAAGAGUCAGGAGUGGACCAGGAACUCUCAAGAGAGAAUGAGGCUGGGCACCAGGAGGAUGGGAACCCUUUUCUUUCCAUUCCAUCUGCUUGCAACUGCCAGGGAACCCCUGGAAUCCCAGAAGGGCCUUACUCUGGGGGAGGAGAUAGCUCUUCUAGCAACUUUUGCCACCAUUGUACCUCUCCAGCUUUAGGGGAACAUGAAGAGUUGGAAGAGGAAUAUGAUGAUGAGGAACCCAAGUUCCCCAGUGAUUUUUCCCGUAUGUCCAGUGGAAAGAAACCUCUAUCUCGGAGACAGCGGCACCGUGUUCCUGCCAAGGAGGAUACUUGGAAGGGUGGACGCAGAGAUCCCAGGUCCCCUGGUCGACAUCGGCUGGGCCGGAAACGAAGUCAAGCAAAUAAGCACAGAGGCCUGGGAUUAUGGGGAGCAGAAGAACUGUGUCAGCUUGGACAAGCAGGCUUUUGGUGGUUGAUCGAACUGCUGGUAUUGGUGGGAGAAUAUGUGGAAACUUGUGGCCAUCUCAUCUAUGCAUGCAGGAAGCUGAAAGGCAGUGAUUUGGACCUUGUUCGAGUCUGGGCGGGAGCCUGGGCAGGGCGGCUGGGUGUCUGGGCCCAGGUGAUGUUUCAAUUUCUGAACCAGGGAUUUUGCUAUGGGUCAGGGCUGUUCACCCGUGUUCUUAGGCUACUGGGUGCUUUGCUGCUCCUGGCUCUGGCCCUCUUGUUGGGCUGUCUGCAGUUGGGCUGGAGGUUUCUUGUGAGACUAGGCGAUCGGUUAGGCUGGAGGGGUAAAGCUAUCUGGCUCUUCUCUUGGCUGGAUUCUCCCACCUUGCAGCGUUGUCUGAUUUUGCUGAGAGAUAGCAGGCCGUGGCAGCAGCUGGUAAGAAUGGUUCAGUGGGAUUGGCUGGAGUUGCCUUGGGUCAAACAGAGGACUAACAGGCAGGGGAAUGCACCUGUAGCUAGUAGUCGCUACUGCCUGCCUGAAGAGGAAGUGACUCGACUCUUGACUAUGGCUGGGGUUCCUGAAGAUGAGCUAAAUCCUUUCCAUGUGUUGGGGGUUGAAGCCACAGCAUCAGAUGUUGAACUGAAGAAGGCCUAUAGGCAGUUGGCAGUGAUGGUUCAUCCUGACAAAAAUCAUCAUCCCCGGGCUGAGGAGGCCUUCAAGGUUUUGCGGGCAGCUUGGGACAUUGUCAGCAAUCCUGAAAGGCGGAAGGAAUAUGAGAUGAAACGAAUGGCAGAGAAUGAGCUGAGCCGGUCAGUGAAUGAGUUUCUGUCCAAGCUGCAGGAUGACCUCAAAGAGGCAAUGAAUACUAUGAUGUGCAGCCGAUGCCAGGGAAAGCAUAGGAGGUUUGAAAUGGACCGGGAACCUAAGAGUGCCAGGUACUGUGCUGAGUGUAAUAGGCUGCAUCCUGCUGAAGAAGGAGACUUUUGGGCAGAGUCAAGUAUGUUGGGCCUCAAGAUCACCUUCUUUGCACUGAUGGACGGAAAAGUGUAUGACAUCACAGAGUGGGCUGGAUGCCAGCGUGUGGGAAUCUCCCCAGAUACUCACAGAGUGCCCUAUCACAUCUCAUUUGGUUCUCGGAUCCCAGGAACCAGUGGGCGACAGAGAGCCACCCCAGAUGCUCCUCCUGCUGACCUUCAGGAUUUCUUGAGCCGGAUCUUUCAAGUACCCCCCGGACAGAUGUCCAAUGGGAACUUCUUUGCAGCUCCUCAUCCUGGCCCUGGGGCCACUGCAGCUUCCAAGCCCAACAGCACAGUACCCAAGGGAGAAGCCAAACCGAAGAGGCGGAAGAAAGUGAGGAGGCCCUUCCAACGUUGACACUUGUUUUCUUCUUUCCUCAAAUCAAUGUCAGGGAGUCAAAAGGGCUGUGUACAGCACAGGAUGGAGUUUGAUUUAUUUUUAAAUAUUUAGAAAAGGGAAACUUUUAAGCUCAAAUUGUUCACUCAGUACUUGUAAGGAAGCCCCAGAACCACUCUCUCGCCUCCACCAGCACCCAGGAACUGAAUCUUGUCUUCUGACAAUACCAAAGAAAUAGGGGGUGGCUAGAGCAAAGCACCUAGGGCAUGGACCUAGGCUGGACAAUAUCUCCCCAUAGUAGUGUGGGAACUCGGUAUUUCCCUGGGGUCUGUAUGCCUUUGUUGUCUUCUGCUUCUACAGCAGAUGACCCCCCCUUUUUAAACUACGAGUCUAUCUUAUUUCUUGACCCAUUUUAGGAGGGAGCUCCCUCCUUUAACCCAAUGUACUAGUUAAGACAGAACAAGAAAGCAUGUAGCCCUAAUUAAAGGAGAUACAUAGAGUUCAGAGAGUGGGAACUCUGAAUUUUUCCUGACUUUCACCUUGUGGGUAACUGCCCAACUUCAUGCUUGUUGGUACAGGGAUGGCCAAAACUAAUGAUUUUAAAAAAUCAGACUCAUGCCCUCUUCCCUUGAAGAGGGGAAGGAUAAAGGGGCUCCUGGCAGCCCCCUUAUGAUCCAAGGGUUUGUAUUUUUUUAAGUUGUUCGUAUUUGUAUAUACAUAACUAUUUAAAGCCAGGGGAUUAUCUUUCUAUAAAUAUGUAACUGGCAACCUG